AAUGUCUGAAACAAAUUAUUAUUAGAAAUUUGGAGUAAAUCAAUCAGUUUAAAAUAGUGAGUCACCUAAACUAUUGACUCCUAUUCUUAAAAUACAUCAUUCAAAAUCUGAUGGAGAUAUAGAUACUAGAAAAGAUACCUUUGGUAAUUUUAUCAAACCUGGAUAAAAAAAACAUCGAAUUUAAUUUAAAGAUAAAAAUGAGGUGUUUAUAGGUAUAAGAUGAAUUGAUUUCAAUAGUUGAAAAUUGGAAACAAUACAAUAGUGAUAUGGCAAAUCAAGAAUCUCCUUGUCUUUGCACAAUCUUAUGA